GCCGUCACAUAGGAAAACAUCGGCCGCUGCCGGAUUGGGGCUCCCAGACCGGCGCAGAGGUAGUGGAGCCGGGGCUGGGACACUCGGCCAGAGCUGUUAUGGACACUUCAGUAAGCCCCUUCUGCAAGGAGCAGAGCCCUUUCUCAGAAUGUCGGAGUAACCCAAUGAUAUCGGACAAAGACCAGAAACAGGUGACGGAGAGAAUAUUAAGUCUCACCUUGGAGAUCAUCUACCUGCUGACUGGAGAGGAAUACAUCAGUGUGAAUAGGAUUGAGAAGGGUGUUAUGUACAGCAAUCAGCAUGUGCCAAAAGGACCCUACAGAAUCCAGAGCACCAGCACGGCAUCUCCACUUCACUCACUGAUACAUGAGAGAAACAAGGACCAGAAGAUCUUGGAACUGACCAAUCAGAUCAUCCAACUGCUAACCGGAGAGGUUCCUAUAAGGUGUGAGGAUGUCACUGUCUAUUUCUCCAUGGAGGAGUGGGAGUAUCUAGAAGGACACAAGGAUCUGUACAAGGACGUAAUGAAGGAGAAUCACCAGACCCUCAGCUCACUGGAUAAAUCUAUUUCUGGUGAAUAUCACACCCUGGAGUUUGAAAACAAAAAUGCUGAAGACAAUGAAUCCAGCAGUGGAGAAAAUCAUUUGCAGCCAAGCAAAAUUGAAAAUCAAUUGGUAAAAUCGCAGGAAUCAGAGUUUUGUGACGAAGGAAAUCUCUCCGAUGUUAACAUUUACACACCCACAUGGCCUACAGAAAUGGAAUCUAGAUCUACUCUUAUUAAGGAGGAGUCAGCCUCAUGUGAAGGAGUAAAUCUCACAGACACCGACAUUUGUAAAACCACAGAAAAUACAGACAUAGAAUAUACAACAGUUUAUAUUAAGGAUGAUUUAGCUGCAUGUGAAGAAGAGGAUCUCCCACACAUGGACAUUUCUACACCCAUAGAACAUACAUCAAUAGAGGAUACCUCUACGCUUAUAAAAGGGCAAACACAAAGGAGGGAAGAAGUGAAUUUAUCAAAUAUUGACAAAUAUUUUACAAAACUUACUCAAAAAGAAGAUGAAGCUACCUUUCCUGAAAAUCAUCCAAAAAGUAAUCAAAAUUCUGUAGAACUAACCUCUAAUGUCCCAGUAAUUGAACCUAGGACACAUGAUAGUUGUAAUCAUGAAUCCGAUAAAUCUUCCCAGAGUGCACACAGCAGAGAAGCAAUGUUUUACUGGUCUGAGUGUCUGAAAAGCUUUAUUGGUAACCAGUCAGUUCACACAGGAAACAAGAUGGUUGCUUCUCAAACGAGGAACAUCUUCCUGCCCAAACCUGACCCUAUUAUCCCCAACAAGAGUCGCACAGGAGAGAAACGAUUAACAUGUACUGAAUGUGGGGAGAGUUUUACUCAGAUGUCAGGUUUUAUUAAACACCAGACAAUGCACACAGGAGAACCGCCAAUCUCGUGUUCUGAAUGUGGAAAGUAUUUUACUUUAAAGGCUAGUCUUGUUAGGCAUCAGAAGAUUCACACAGGUGAAAAACCAUUUAAAUGUUCUCAAUGUGGGAAUUGUUUUACCCGGGCCUCUAGUCUAGUGUUACAUCAAAGGAUUCACACAGGAGAAAAACCAUUCUCAUGUUCUGAAUGUGGAAAAUCUUUUACCCGAGCUCCACUGCUUGUGUUACACAGAAGAAUUCACACAGGAGAAAAACCAUAUAAUUGCAAUGAUUGUGGUAAAUGUUUCACCCAGGCCUCGCACCUCUCAUCACAUAAAAGGAUUCACACAGGAGAAAAACCAUUUCAAUGUACUGAGUGUGGUAAAAGCUAUAAAGAUAGCUCAAGUCUUGUUACACAUCAGCGGAUUCACACAGGAGAGAGACCAUUCUCAUGCUCUGACUGUGGGAAAAGUUAUAAAGAUGGCUCAAGUCUUGUUACACAUCAAAAGAAUCACAUAGGAGGGAAACCAUUCUCUUGUUCUGAAUGUGGGGAAUGUUUUACAGAUCACUUUUCUUACACUAGACACACGGGGACACAUAUAAGUUAAGAGGGAUUCUCAUAUAAUCUUGUUGAGAAAAAAAAUAGACUUGUGCAAAAAUCCCUUUCAGAUGUCCUAAAGGAAUGUAAAGCCUGUCAAUCUAGGAAUGCCUGAACCAUUUCGUCCGAGUCUAUUCGUUCGUACGUAGAUUGGCAGGCAUUUGAUUUGUUCGACGCGCCUGAAAGGGAUUUGUGCACAAGCCUAGUACACAAUAUUCUGCUAAUCCAUAUCUGGUGAGGAAGGAUUUAUUCAGAAAUUAAACAAAACUGAUCUGUAAGUAAAACUGUUCUGCAUGAGUUAAAGGGUUCUGUCUACUUACUCAGGUUCGGAAUUGCACAGUGGGUGUUAGACACGUGGCAGCCUGUAGUUCAUAUUAGCUGGUUUACUUUUAAAGGGAAACUAUAGUACUAGGAAUACAAAAUUGUAUUCCCCUCCGCAGAACCCUUUUGUCACUUACCUGUACCAGAGGGACAUCCGCCUCCGCUCCCCCUCUCCUUGGGGAUCUAAUGCGCAUGCACAGCGAGAUCCACGUUUGCACUAAGACAAUUCCAUAGAAAAGCAUUGAAUCAAUGCUUUCGUGUGGAGUUUUAGCUGAUACUGAAUCUCCUCAUGCACAGCGUGAGGACGUCCAGCAUCAGUUAGGC